AUGACUCACUGUAAUCUGACCAUCACGGAGGAGGUGCAGGUGUUCCAGAUUGUGACGGCCAUCCCCACGUUCGUCCUCGGUGUCCUGGUCAAUGCUGCGGUACUGGUGCUCUUCUGCCGGCAGUGGCGGAACUGCAGCGACAUGAUGGUGUACCUGACCAACCUGGCGUUGGCCGACAGCUGCGUCCUGGUCUCGCUGCCCUUCAGGAUGUACUCGUACCUCAACCCCUGGCCCUUCUCCGUCAGCUCCUGCCUGGUCUUCGUCUCCACCUACUUCGUCAAUAUGUACGUCAGCAUCUUCACCACUGUGGCCAUCAGCGUUGUCCGCUACGUGGCCGUGAAGUACCCCAUCAGGGCGCGGGCGGUUAAGUCCCCAUGGAAGGCGCUGGUGGUGUGUGUGGGCAUCUGGGUGGUCAUCGGCUCCCUGAGCGCCACGUUCCACUCAGUAGACGCUCCGCCAGCAAACUCGUCCGGUUUCAGAUGCUUCCAGAAGAACUCGGAACGGCCGCUGCCCCUCUCCUUCAUCCUGACGCUGGUGUUGGUGGGCUACGUGGUGCCAUUCGUCAUCAUCACGUACUGCUCGGUGACGGUGAUCCGCACCCUCGCCAGGAGGAUGGACCGCGGUGGUGCACGGAAGAGCCAGUCAGUGCGCAUCAUCAUCGCUGGCCUCGCCAUCUUCAUCGUCUGCUUCUCGCCGCUCCACUUCGGCUACCUGCUCAAGUUCCUGAGCGAGACCUACUCACACGACUGUGGUCUGCAGCAGGCUGCCCACUCGUUUGUCCACGUGGCCAACAGCCUGGCGUCCACCAACUGCUUCCUGGACGCCUUCAUCUACUACUUCCUGGCGCGUGGCUGGGGGUCUCUGAGGGACGCAUGCUGCGGCACCCAGCACGAGGAGAGGGUCAACGCUGUGACCUUCCACAAUCAAGCUCUGAUUUGAUCAAAUAUGUUCACAAACUUCUAUUUCACAAACGUAUAUUUUAAUCGUUAGGCUUCCCGGGCAAGGCAAGGGAUGGCUCUAGUUAAUCUAAUGACAAAUUUAAGGAUUCCAUGUCUGUGAAAUAAAUCAACCAAUUGUACCAACUAACCUUAAAUUGGACCCCAAAAUGUAAACACUGACAUAUCAAAAUGUAGGCUAGAGCACUAAUAACCUGACGGAAAUCAUCAAACCCUUCAGAGAUGUUAUUGACUUAAUGGAUGUUUUAGCCUACAGCUAGUUAAAUAACAAAUAAGGAUAAAAUUAGAUCUUGUUAAAGUGUAACUCCGGAGUAAAAACAAUACAGAGUCUAUUUCUGGUAGUUAACAAGUUCAACCUUUUGAUUGAGAGCAAAAUUAUGUUAACUAGAUGUACCGCAUAGC